AUGUUGACAAAGAAGGUCUCGGCCAAAGAGUGAGUUUUUAAAAAGUUUUUUUUUCAUUUCGAUUAGAGUGGAAAUUUUUAGAAAAAUAUUAGGUUUUUGUAUUUUUACAAACUUGAGCCUUUCGUCACCUUGAAUUUCAAAACCUCAAUUUGAAAUUUUUACUGGAAGAUAAGACCUUAUUUUCAAGUAGUAAAUUCAAAGUUGGGUUUCAAAAAACACGGAAAAAGGUCCUGCCUUUUAAGGACUUUAAAAUAAAACAAAAAAAAUUUUGAAGCUUCUAAAAAAUGCAGAAAAGUUUCUUCUAGGCUAAUUUUUUCUUUUUUUUAUCUAGAAAAAUAUUUGUUAUAGGGUUUUGAGUGAUUCAUUUUAAAUCUUUUCAUGUAUUUCUUUUAUUCAACACGUUUUUAUCUUUUUGAAAACGAUUUUUUGAAGCAAAAUCUACUCUUUUUCAAGAUUCCUUGAGCUUUGCGCUUUUUGCAAACAUUUUAAAAAAAUUUUUAAAGUAAAUUAAAUUGCGCGUGGGGUUCAUGCACAAGAAACAUCAUAUCUGACGGGCGACGUAGCUCUGGAGAAGCCGUUUUGCAUAAUUUCUUAUGGCGUGUUCAAUUUGAUUCCGCGAAAUGCAAAAUACCUGUUAGAGAAAAGAAAAUAUCACUAGAUUUUGAAGAGUCAGAAAUCAUUUUGCAUUUCGCGGAAUAAAAUUGAAAACGGCAUUAGAAAUGAAAUUAAUAUUCUAAUUUGUAACUAUCAAGAUAAAAUUUAUCCCUUUUAAUAUAGCAACAUAAAAAAUAUAAUUAUAGAUUGGAACUAGCCGCGAGAAAAACGCCAUGGAGACUAGUCUACAUAUCAACAUUAUUUCUGGCUCUAGUCGGAGUUCAACUCAGCGUUUAUUUCAAUUCAACGUGGCAAUUUUUGGAGGAGGUAUGAUUAUAAUCAAUUCAUAACUAUUUUAAGAAAAAAAUAAUUUUUUUUAGAACGACGACCACGCUUCCGUUGAAUUUCUCGGCUUUAUCGUCGCUUUGAGCUGCGUCAGCACAGCAUUUGUGAGCUUGAAAUUAAGAAUUUCCCUUCAAAAUAAGGAAUUUUUCAAGGCGAAUCCGAUUCUCGGGUACUGGAACCAAAAAACCGGCUCUUCGAAGAAUCCUAUCAUUUUUGCCUUUGCUUUGAGCACUGUUGGUGAGUUUUCAUCAAAAAAUUGAUAAUGAAAAAUAAGAAAACAAAUAAAAAAUCGUUGAAAACAGAAAAAAAAAAAAUGAAAAAUAUCGGCAGCGAAAAUUUUGUACGCUCCAUUGACAUUCUACUGAAGUAAUUCAGAAAAAAAUACAUUAAUUUCAUCAAAGUUAUGACUUUCUUUUUAGCAUUCAAGCUAAUAAAGUUUUUCAAAAGCCUUUUUCAAGAUUCCAAAUUUUUCUUUCGGUUUAAUACUUCAAUCCAAUAUUUUUUUAAUAUUUUUUUCACUCUUUUUAUUUUGUUUAAGAAAGUGUGAAAUGAUUUAUUCUUGCUAAUUUACUUUCGAAUUUCAAAACGUCUUUUUUUAGAACGUGAUUUUUUUAAAAAAAGUUAAUCCCUGUUGUUUAUUUUUUUUAUUUCAAAUUAUUUUUUUCAGGGCUAUUCUGAAAAAUUUCUAUCACUUUUGAACGAAGUUAAUCGAAAUUUUACGCGAAAAGACAAUGAAAAAUUAAUUUUUUUGAAUUUGAGUCUCAAAUUUCUAUUAAAAAUUGUAUUUUUUAUUUUUCAUCUUUACGAAAACAGCUUCAAGUUUCAUUCAUUUGAUAGAAUUUCCAAAUCUUCCAGGAAACUUUGUCUACGCCUUCUCCUACCUCUUCAAACCACACGCCAGAUGGUGCAUUUUGAUUGGCCGAUUUUUUGCUGGUUUUGGUCCAGGUAAGAAAUUUUUCAAAAAUUUCAAAAAGAAGUUCUGAGAAAUUUUUUGAAAAUAUCAAAAAGUCAUACGUUGUUUGCAACAAAGAGUUCAAAACGCUAUUCAGGGGAAAAAAAAAGUUAUGCGCAUAAAUUUGCCUUGGUAUUUUUUUUUGCUGGUGUUCCGUUUCGGAUUAAAGUUAUUUAUCGAAAUUUGUUUGAUAAACAACGAUUGAUGGUUUGAAAACCAAUCAUGUGAGAACACGGCUUUUUUUUACGCAAGGUCAAGGCUUCUCGUAAAUUAGGAUGCUUAGAGUGUAAGCACCGAGACGCACUAUCGCAUACUCGAAAUUGUUUUUUUAAAUUUUUUUUCUGAAAUGUUUGAAAUCUUGUCAGUUUGAAGACUAUGUUGUGAAAAAAAACCUUCACUUACGUUAAAAAAAAAUUUGGGAACGAUUUCGAAAGGCGAAAAUUUCCGGAUUUUUCAAAAAGAAUUCGAUAAAAUCUUGUAUUUAGGAGCCUAUGGCGUUUUAAAAUCCUUGAUUAACUGUGCGAGUACACUGGAAGACCGAGUCAAGGCCAUUUCCUUGUCGAAUUUGGGGGCGACUGUUGGAUUUUUCAUGGGACCUACUGUCCAGGUUCCUUUUUUACAGUUUUUCUUUUUGGAAAAAAGAAUUUUUUCAGAUUCUCUUUGUUCCACUUGGCCGGGAGGGCUUCAAAAUCGGAUUCCUACACAUCAACAUGUACACAAGCUGCGCAAUCUUCAUGUUCGUCAAUUAUUGAAAUUUCUCGAAAAAAUUCAUGUUUUCAGAGCGUUAGUCAGUGUUCUGUCGAUUUUUGUGGCUUAUGUUUAUUUGGUCGAAGAUUAUGUGGGAAUCAUCAGCGACGAGGAGAAAAAAGGUUCAUAUUUUCGGGAUCUGUUGAGAUUUUGAAAGUCACGUCUUCAUUCAAACUCCGCCCCUUAUGGCGUGAUAAACCAAUCAAAGAGCGAGCCAUCCACACAGUGUUUCCGAAUGAUGUCAUUUUACUUGAAACUACAAAUUAUAACUGAAUAUAAAUCUAUCCAUUUUCAUGAAUUAAAAAUGAAUGAAAAACAAAGUUCUGAUGAAAUAUUGGAAUUCAGAAUUUUUUUCAAAUUUUAUUCUUGAAAUCGCUCUUGUCCUUCUUAAUCAUUGUUAAAUUCUAUUAGGGAUAUUUCGGUCGCAUUUGGAAUGACUCAUCGUUUAUUAUAUUUUUAAAAACUUGGGUAGUAAUAAAAAAAUUUUUUUCGAACGGCUUUCAAAAAAAAGCGACGGAAAAAUAAAAAUGUUUUGUACGCAGUGCACACGAUGCACAAUAAGCGACGCGCAGAAAGCAAAAUAUUUUUUGUUUAUUAUGAUUAAAACUGCUUUUCACAUGUAUUCAUCAAAAAUUUGUUCUGUGGAAGUAGGGGUUUUCUUAUUCUCAAACUUUCUUCAGUUGAAAAGUUCAGUUUCACGGAAAAUGUUAUAAAAGUAUCGACUGGAACUUUCCAAAAUUCUUCGCUUUUAAUAAAGUCUGGCCUCUCUGCUUUCUAUUUCUAUCACUUCAAAUCAGGCUCAUGCGUCAGACCGGGGCGGCCUGGGCGGGCCCGUGCUUUGGGCUUUGUUUCUUGCAAAGGGCUUGGGGCAGGCCCGGCUUCAAAUGAAAUUUUAAAAUUCCAUCGAAAAGAUACCAUCAAAAAGUUCUUUUCACAUGUUAAAUCAUAAUUUCUGAUUUUUUUUUCUAAAAACUCCCAUAAUUGGAUUGCAGAAAAGUUGGCUCUUUGGGCCAGGUUGGUCAUUUUGUUUGAGGACAAGGCCGGGCUUGAAUAAUAGUCUGACGGGCCGGCCCUCGCCCUAAUCUGCGCCAAAGGGAAACAAGCCUCAUUCCAGAAGAUCCAUUCAUGGUUCUUCCCAAAUUCGAUCGUCUCGCCGUCGCUUUCCUUUUCUUCGUCUGGUGGUACGUCUACGGGGUUGUUUCGGUCUCAAGGUACCUGAAAAAAAAUAACGUUUAUUUAUUCAACUUUUGAGCUUGUUCGCCCCAAUGACAAUGGCCAUGUACAACUGGAACGCCGAACAGGCCGUCCUGUACAAUGGGCUGUUGGAAACGGGGAGUUGUGCUGUGACCACAAUGGGAAACCUUCUGAUUGCUCAGACGAGUAUCGGGAAAAGGUCAGAAGUCAUGGAUUUUUUUGGAUUUGAUUAUUUUCCUCAAUUGAGUAUGAAAUACAUUGUUAUAUAUGAAAAUAGCUCAGAUUUUCAUCUUUUUUUAAAGUUCUAAUAGAAUUUUGGUGUGGACAAUCAAGAACGCCAGAGGGGACACUAUAGGGACAAACUUAGGGCGUUUGAAUUACCCCUUUAGGGACCACUUUACCUUCCCCUAUAGGGGCCACUACAGCUCGCCCAAGUGUUCUUUACAGAACUUUAAGUUAGUCGUUUGGAUCUGAAAAAUAAUGAGAAAGACCCCUAUAGGGACCACUUGCUGGUUUUUCCCUAACCACUAAAGGGACCCCUCUGGAGUUCCUGGGCAUGAAAAGAUAGCUGGAAAUAACUGAAUAACUAUCUUUAAAUUUUGAUUUUUUUUUUCUGUUUUCCAUGUUCUUUACUAAGUUAUGAGUGAAGAAAUUCAAAAAAGUACAACUUUUCGUGAUUUUUAAAGGCGCAGGAGGAGAAGCAAUAAAAGUGCUUUGACACGGAAAUUUUCAGAGACCAGAAAAAGCUUCUAAUUUUCGGAUUAGCCGCUUUUGGUAGCUUCUUCUUGAUCCACAUGCCUUGGUGGUUCUAUCCGGAGAAGCUGGACAGACCUGUCCUGGCUGGAAACGGUAAGAUAUGGUUAUAAGUGGUCUUGGUCGCAUUUGGAAUGGAUAUAGGCGUUACGGCUGCGGUGCGGUCAAUUUUUAGUCGACAAAAGAAGAAAAAUGUUUUUUGUCGAAUUCGAAUAAAAGUUUUGAUAGAGACCAAGUCUAUUAUAAUAAAUUACUAACGCUGAUUUUGAUUCUGAACUUCAAAACUGUGAAAAAGUCCUUGAAUAAAGUUAUAGGUACCUAAAAUUCGAAAAAGUCUCCGAUUGAGCGAUUUUUCGUAGGUUUAUGUCAAAAAUUUGAGCCAAAGUAAUUUUUUUUUUCAAUUUCUCAUACUCUUAAGAUUUUUUUCAUUAAUUAUGUAGAUCUUCUGGUCACGAAAAACAACCUUUUUCCGAGAAAAAAGAAAAUUUAAACCGAAUUAUGAUUUUCCGGACAAGCAAUGGUCUCAAAUAGAAAGUGUGAAAUUUUUUAAACGACCAUAACUUUUUUCAGAAGCUUUUUUGGAACUUUUCAGUUGUAUAUUCAGAAUCAGAGUGAAAAACUUCAUCUAUGGGGAUUUUAAACUUACCUAGUCGGUUAAAGAAAAAUCGGUAAAAUUCAUAAAAUCACCUUGGAAGUCUUAAUUUGGAUCGCAACGCUUUGAGCCAUUCCAAAUGCGACCAAUAGUUGUUUUUUUUUAGAAUCUAGACCUGGAAUCAACGGCGGCUGUGCCUGGGAGUACAGCUGGUGUGAACAAACUCCAAGGUACCAAUUUUUCCUUUUUUUCUGGAAUAAUAUGUGAUUUUCAGGGUACCCUUCUACGUCUACGCCUUCUUCGACGUCACAUCUCUUGGCUUGGGAUUUUCUUUCGUGAUUUCCGCCGCCUCGACGAUUCUCAGUGAAGUCGUUGGGCCCAGGAAACAAGUUUCAGAUCCUAAAAAAAAAAUCAAAAAAAAAUUAUUUUAACUUGAAGGGAACGAUUCAAGGCGUCAAUUCUUUCAUCGGAUCGGCUUCCGAAUUUUUCGUUACCCUCGCUUCGACGUAAGUUUUUUUCUGAAUGGAAAAGCUUUUUGAAAGCAAUUUUCCUCGAAAAAAACGAUGAUAAAAAAAGUUUUAUCAGAUAAGAAAAAUAUAUAUUUUAUGUCUUAUCAAUCGUUCCGUUUCUGAGAAAGAGAAGCAGAAAAAAAGAUAUUUUCUCUAAAAAAAUAGGUUUCAGGAGCUUUUUUUCUUGUACUUUUGGGUUCAGAAACUGAAUUUUUUUAGCUUGAAAAUUAUCAAAUUUCCAGAGAAAGUUAUUCGAUUUUUUUGAUAAUUUUUUUCAAUCUCAAUAGUUCAAUUUUUUUCGCUAUUUUUGUAAAAAGUUUAUCUUUUUCUAUCAAAAAAAUGAUAAGAAAAAAAGUUUAAUCAGAUGGGAAAAAUAUAUAUUUUAUGUCUUAUCAAUCUUUUUCGUUUCUGAAAAAGAGAAGGAAAAAAAGAUAUUUUCUCUAAAAAAAUAGGUUUCAGAGCUUUCUUUUUGUACUUUUUUUGGUUCCCAGAAAGUGAACGUUUAGCUUGAAAAAUUAUCAAUUUUACAGAAAAACAUUUUAGAAGGUUUUUAUUUGCAUUUUUUUGGAUUUUUCGAGUCGCAGAAAGUGAAAUUUUUUUGCUUGAAAAAAAUCAAUUUCACAGAAAAAAAUUUAUUUGAUUUUUUUGGUUAUUUUUUUCUAUCUCAGUACUUGAAUUUUUCCGACAUUUUUUUGAAAAAAAUGUUCCUCUAAAAGUUUAUUUUUUUCACGGUAAACAUCAGUUUUUUUGGUUGUUUUUUUGACGUAAAAUUUGAUUCUGGCCAGCAAAAAAAUUAAUUAUUUUUUUACCUUCAUUUUGAUCUCAGGAAGUUUUUUUCUCGAUUUUUUUUCGGCUUUCAGAAAGCAUAGGUUUAAAAAAAUUUGUUAUAAAAAAAUUGUACCGAGGAUUUCAAAAAUGAAGUUUUCAGCUGGAAAUCAGUUUGAAAAAUCAUCGAUUUCGUGGAAAAAUUUGAUCUUUUAUUUUUCCAAAGGAUUUUACCCUUUUUCAUUUCAAUAGUUUAAUUUUUUUCAUUAUUUUUGUUAGAAUUUUUCAGUUCAAAGUCAAUUUUUCACAAUAAAAAAAUCAGUUUUUUUAGUAAUUUAUGUUGAAAAAUUUUUGAUUCUGAUCAGCAAAAAUUCGACUAUUUUUCACUUUAAUUUGAGCUUCGGAAGCUCUUUUUGGUUUUUCGGCUUUCAGAAGGCAUAGGUUUAAAAAUUUUGUUAUGAAAAAAAUUGUACCAAUGAUUUUAAAAAAUGUAAAAUUUGGCGCGGAAUUAGCUCGAAAACCGCGGAAUUCGUUGGAAAUUUCAUUAUUUAAAUUUUUUUUGAAUGAAUUUACGAUUAUUUUUUUCUGUUUCAAUAGUUGAAUUUUUUUCGGCAUUUUGUUAAAAAUUUACAAUUCAAAGUCAAUUUUCACUUUAAAAAUCAGUUUUUUUGGUUGUUUUUCUAUGAAAUUUGAUUCUGGUCAGCAAAAAUAAAUUAUUUUUUCAUCUUUUUUUUGAUCUUAGGAAGCUUGGAAAAAUGAUCCAAUUGAUCCACAAUUUGAAGAACGUCCAGAAUCUUCCAGGAAAGCGUUCAAGGAGACGGGCUAUAAGUGGGUGAUGGCCUACCACCUGGGCAUGACCGCCCUCUGCAUUUUCGGCGUUUGGCUUCUCUGGAGACGACUGAUCGCCCUCCGGAUGACGCCCGAUCAUCUCGUCGCCACCAAAUACAAAAACGGAACAUUUUACCGAGUGUAA